CGAGCACCAGCGUGCUACAUGUCAACACACGUGUAAACACAGACUAAACAGCCAAGAGUGUCGGCCAUGGCGGACGUUUUAACGCAUAUGUUCGCGAACUUGUCACAAGCGGACUCAAAGAAGGACGUUGUGACUCCUGCGCCGCCAGAGUGCGGCGUUUUAAUAGUCGGAGAACAAAGUCUGGGACGUUCGCUGCUGCUGCUGACGGCCGUGACCGCAGCCUCUCAGGUGGGGAUGAAGGUGGUGUUCUUCGCCCCACAGCAAAUACAAAGCCUGCCGGCAUCCCUGCAAAAAUGUGCACCAAGUCUAAGCCCCGAGAGUCUGAAGAAAAUCACUUUCUGCUAUCCGAGGACAGCGGAGGAGUUGUGCCGUCAGAUUGCAGGCCUCCAUGAGUCCAGCAGCACCUUUCCUCCGUCGCUGAUCAUCGUGGACCGACUGGAGGACUACCCGUGCGACGGCCACAGCGGGCGCCACCCAGGUGAGCAGUCCCGCGUCGCACACCUCGCCGCUCUUUUGCGCGACACGGCCGCCUUCCUCACCAGCCUCCUGGAGCGGCAGACGUCAAGCACCACCCCCUGCCGCAUCAUCGCCUCCUAUAAGCCGAAAGAGGACGGCGCGGACUCGGAUCCCGUCCUCGAUGCCCUCGACCGCUACUUUCAGCUGCGGUGUACUCUGGACCAAGAUAGAAGCUACAAAGCCACAGACGCCGGGCGGCAGGAGGCGUGGCGUGUUUACUUUUCCGGAACCGGCGUCGCGCGUGAGCCUCGGACCGAAGACUCUGAGGUCCGGGCCGGUUUAGAGUGGCAGUUGUUGAUGUUUCCUGAUGGUUCAAUAGCAUUUAAGGUCAUUUAGAGAUGGAAAAGACACUUUGAUAAUCUACAGUUAGUCGUUUGCGUUAGCACUAUGUUAAGUACAUAACUGACACAGCGUAAUGGCAACUUUUGAUGACAAAUAUAUACAAUAUUUUCUAGCAAGAGUCCUUUAUAUUAAUUAACCUUGCUUAUUUCUCUGAGUUGUGAAUGAAGUGUUCCCGGUUUCUCGAUUUUCGUCGACACAGCAUGGGUGGGGUUUUUUGGCCCGCACCACAACAUAAAUACAAAUAAAUAAGGUGAAAAUAAAAAUAAAAAUAGUAAUACCAUUUAUCCACGUAUUAAGUGUACAUUUUUCAAUGUAUUUAUAAUGAGUGCUAUUGGCAGUUUACCAAUAUCAACACAAUAUUUAAACUACUUCCUUAUUCCGUCUUAUUAUCGUAUUUUUUGGACUAUAAGUCGCAAUUUUUUUCAUAGUUUGGCGGGGCUCCUGUGCGAUUUAUAUGUUUUUUUCCUUCUUUAUUAUGCAUUUUCGGCAGUUGCGACUUAUACUCCGAAAAAUACGGUACAUACAAUUGUUUGAGCAAAACAAAGACAAUCAUACACAAUAACUAAUAGGGUUGUAUGGUAUACCGCAAUACCAAUGAAUCAUAUUCGGUACUAUACCGCCUCUAAAGGGUACCGCGUGUCAAGUAUUGGUGGAGAUGCAGAGACGGCAGGCUGGAUGCAAGGAAACAUAAUUUGAUGUCCAAAAAAUGCAGGAAAAACACAAACCAGGAACCAGGAACAGGCAAACUGGAAUCAGGAACCAGCAAACAGGAAACGAGGAACAAGAAGACAGCAAGCUGCAAACAGUCCACAGCAUACAGCUUACAGCUACAAUACUCCAGCACUGACUGGAGGGAGAGGCAGGUAUAAAUAGUGGCCUGAUUGGCAAUUGCUACCAGGUGUGCCAGACUGCCAAUGAAGGAAACAAGCGCUCAGGGAGACGUGCAGGAAAAGGAACCAAAAUAAGAGCGCUGACAGGAAAUAAAAACAAAUACAGAGGAAAAACCAAAACAUAACUAAACUGUCAGUGACAAACCUGACACCGCGGACCAGAUGAGCGAUAAGUUUUAGAAGCCGAUUGCUAAACGGGUGUAGCUUUAUUGUGACACGAUAGCAUCAGCAGCAUUCUUAGGUGCUAAACAUACACACUAACCAUGUUAAACCAUGAUAAAAAACAAAACACUGUAAUAUUUACACUCUCGCUGGAAUUGAAAGGCCUACUGAAACCCACUACUAACGACCACGCAGUCUGAUAGUUUAUACAUCAAUGAUGAAAUCUUAACAUUGCAACACAUGCCAAUACGGCCGGGUUAGCUUACUAAAGUGCAAUUUUAAAUUUCGCGCAAAAUAUCCUGCUGAAAACGUCUCGGUAUGAUGACGUCAGCGCGUGACGUCACGGAUUGUAGAGGACAUUUUGGGACAGCAUUGUGGCCAGCUAUUAAGUCGUCUGUUUUCAUCGCAA